AUGAAUACUACAGCAUAUGCUUCACCACCUCGCGAUAUGCAUCCUCGAUCAACCAUGCCAAGUCUUCACGAUACAACAUAUCGACCUGGCCCACCUCAUCAGGGAGCGCCGUACUCGAUGCCACAAACAAUGGCAUCUCAACAUUCCACCAUUUCGGCCUACGAACAAUAUAACAAUUCUCUGCCUGUUUCUCGUCCUCCUCCUCCAGAGCAUUUGCCAUCCUCAGAGGCCGUGUCGUCAUUUUCUAUUGGGCUUCCAGGUCAAGAACCAUCACCUCGGUCUAUUACUGUAGAUGGGAGAAAAUAUACUUUGGAAGUUCAACAGCAACCAAAACGAGCUCGAAUGUGUGGAUUUGGAGACAAGGAUCGUCGGCCUAUCACUCCUCCUCCAUGCGUCAAACUUAGUAUAACAGAGAUUGCCACUGGGAAAGAGGUAGACGUCAACAACAUCGAACAUGGAAUGUUUGUGCUUAACGUAGACUUAUGGUCAGCGGAUGGCGAUCGACCAGUCAAUCUUGUCCGCCACUCGCAAACUUCUCCAUCGAUCUCAGCCACAGUUCCAGUAUCGUAUACACAAAUACAAGGAGGUGCAGCUGCAUAUUCGAGUCUACUUCCCGGACAAAGUCAACGAGAACCCACCAGCCCAACGUAUGGUAAUGCGCCACCUUACCAGGGAGCUGGUUUCAGUCCGUUUCCGGGCCCUCCACAAGUGAGCGCAUACUCACAGCAACAACCCGGACAACAGUCGGGUUACGGUGGAAAUCCCAACUACCCAUCUCCAAAUGGAUAUCAAGUACCACCUCAACAGUCGAACUAUUAUUAUCCUCAACCAUCUCAAUCCGUCCCAAGCCACAAUAAUCAAGAUCCUUACCCCUCUCGUCCUUUCACCCCACAAGAUAUCGGAUUAGGUCGCAUACCCAUAAGCCAGACAAAUCCCCCACAAGGAAUGUUCACACGAAACCUUAUUGGCAGUUUGUCGGCUUCUGCAUUUCGUCUUACAGACCCGGAUGACCGAAUCGGGAUCUGGUUUGUGCUUCAAGACCUUUCCGUCCGAACCGAAGGUGAUUUCCGCCUUCGAUUUUCAUUCGUCAAUGUUGGUGUGCCUUCAGCACCACAAAAUAACGCCAACUCAUCGUGUUCCGUUAACACUGGCAAGGCCCCUGUUCUUGCUUCAUGUUUCUCGGAGGUGUUUAAAGUUUACUCCGCAAAGAAAUUCCCUGGUGUGGUAGAAAGUACGCCAUUAAGCAAAUGUUUUGCUACACAAGGCAUCAAAAUCCCAAUCCGAAAGGAUGGAAAGGAUGGACCAGGAAAAGGAGGCAAAGAUGGUAGCCGAGGCGAUGACGACGAUGACUAUUAG